UCUUCCACAAAUACGUGCCCCUCUUUCUUCCUUAACCUUUCCCUUUCACCCUUCUAUAAAUAAAAAUAAUUCUAAAGCUCCACCAAUCCCAUACUCUCCUCAUCCACUUCAACCCCAGUUUGAAAAUCUCAAUCAAUAUUCGUUUGUUUAGUUAGUUUGUUUAACAUUUAACCAUGGCCGACUACUAUGACCAUCAUCAUGAGCAGCCUGCACCUAGGUCUUACCAGGUGGUGAAGGCUGCUACCGCCGUCACCACCGGCGGAUCUCUCCUGGUUCUCUCCGGCUUGACUUUGGCCGGCACGAUCAUUGCACUGACUGUGGCCACUCCCUUGCUGCUGAUUUUCAGUCCAGUCCUUGUCCCUGCGAGCAUUACGAUAUUCCUCUUGAUGUUUGGCUUCUUGGCUUCCGGAGGUUUUGGCGUGGCGGCAAUUAGCGUUCUGUCUUGGAUCUACAGGUACA